AAUAAACCGAAACGUCAAAACAUUUCAUUCGUUUUCGGCACUCCUCACAUUUUUUUGCCAGUUUUCAGCUGAAAUUCAUCAAAAAGUAAUGAUAAAAAUACGUUUAUUGCCCUGAAAACUAAACUCUUUGACCAUGACCGAUAGCAGUCCCAUCGUUGUCUCCUUGAAGAUUCCGUUUCCUACGCAUCGAGAAGCGGAAGUUGCCUACGAGGUGCUGCGAAUCGACAUCGAACCAAAGCGAAGCUUUAUCGAAAAAUCCCUCAAACUAGAAGACAAGCAACUGCUGGUGGAGUUUCGAGGUCAGCAGGCCAAAAACGUCCGAGUGGGAGUGACUUCUUUCUUCGAAUCGUUGCUGCUCGUCUGCGAAACGUUGGACCAGUUCGGUCCGCCGUUGGCCGAUAAGUACGAUUAUUACGGCGUCGAGUAGAUAGAGUAGGAUGGCAGAACACACUCCCGCUCCGA